UGGUUUGAUCAUGUGUUGGUUCUCAGCGCUUAUAUAAACAGCUGCGCAAACCCAAACAUUCUUGGUCACCGCCAGCUCUUCCUGGUCGAGAUCAACGCUGCAACCCGAAGAUGGGGACCAAACUGGUUUUCUGUGUGGCCUUCUUCUUGUUGGUUGGAAGACAGGGGUUUGCUGACAGUUAUGUGAUGUCGUCGAGGACAGCCUGCGUGGAUGUGACGCGUCAGGGAUGGCACGCCCGGCCUCCCAAGUCAACCAGCCCUUUGAACACGCCAGUCGGUAUGGUCUUCAUUCACCAUUCAGCCAUGAUGCGUUGUUCUGACGUUAAUACGUGUGCGGCACAAGUGAGAGCCAUACAGAACUUCCACAUGGACGUCAGAGGUUGGGAUGAUAUUGGCUAUAGUUUCCUGGUAGGUGAAGACGGGAAUGUUUACGAGGGGCGUGGCUGGGACAGAAUAGGUGCACAUACGUAUGGUUACAACGACGUAGCUAUCGGUAUCUGCGUGAUGGGAGACUUCACCACAGUCACACCCAAUACCCAGGCUUUGGACGCAGUCAAAAACCUCAUUGCCUGUGGAGUCAGGGACAGUAAGGUGACAACCGAUUACAAGCUCUAUGGACAUAGGGACUCCAAGAAGUCUCACACUGAAUGUCCGGGUCAGGCGUUCUAUGAUCUUAUUAGAGGCUGGCCCCACUAUGAUACCCAUGGACCACCUCCCUAACUUACGGUCAUAGGGACGAAGUGACCCUGGGUGUUCAAAGGAUAAUGGGCCACUGGGUGGUCUGGGACAAUUCAGGAGCCAAGAAGACAAUUUCGAAUCUUAGUGUUUUGGUGUGGUGAGACUUUACUAGACUAUCAUGUAUAUAAAUACUCUUUCCAAAUUGACAAGAUCUCUGCUAUGGAAAUUUACCAAAGUUUGUGAUUUCGCAAAACCCUGCGCGCACUGAAAUGGUAAUACAGCUCCUAGCCGAUUUUACAUUAAUCCAGCAUUAUGCGCCCCAGGAUGUCCAUAAUCUGUUUCACCAGGUGUGAACGGGCCAGAUUUAUUAUAAAAGUUAUUUGGAGGUUUUGGGGAUGAUUGAUGCCAUCGGUAACUCAUGAUCAUCUUUUGUCACAGGAUCCACUUAUAUAGCAGAUAUAGCAUACAUGUACUUCCUGGUCAGUGGAAUACUAAAUGGACAAUACAGUCACUACUAAGGGAAAUAUAAAAUAAAAUGACAGAA